GUGGAGUCCAGCCACCGCGUGGAGAUUCUGCAGCGGGACCCCAGCUCCCCCCUCUUCUCUGCCAAGACCUUUGAGGAGCUGCCCCUGAAAAAGGAGCUUUUGCAGGGGAUUUACAUGAUGGGCUUCAACCGACCAUCCAAAAUCCAGGAGACGGCUCUGCCCAUCAUGCUGGCCUAUCCGCCCCAAAAUCUGAUUGCCCAGAGCCAGUCAGGGACAGGGAAAACAGCAGCUUUUGUCUUGGCCAUGCUGAGCAGAGUUAAUGCCACCGAGAAAUACCCGCAGUGCCUCUGCCUGGCUCCCACCUAUGAGCUGGCCCUGCAGAUUGGGCACGUCAUCGAGAGCAUCGGGCGAUUCUGCGCUGACAUCAGGGUGACCUACGCCAUCCGGGGACACCGAGUCCCGCAGGGCACCGUGCUGCAAGAGCAGAUCAUCAUUGGGACGCCAGGGACGGUGCUGGACUGGUGCUUCAAGAGGAGGCUCAUCAACAUGAAGAAGAUCCAACUGUUUGUUCUGGAUGAAGCUGACAUCAUGAUGGACACGCAGGGCCUCUCCUGUCAAAGCAUCCGUGUUCAGAGGGCUUUACCUGAGUCCUGCCAGAUGCUCCUUUUCUCUGCCACCUUCAAGGAAACGGUGCGGGCCUUCGCCAUCCGGAUCAUCUCCAACCCCAUCGUCAUCAAGCUGCGUGAGGAGGAGCUCACCCUCAGCAACAUCCGCCAGUUCUUCUUCGUCUGCCAAGGCCAGGAGCAGAAGUACAGAGCUCUCUGCAACAUCUACGGUGGCAUCACUAUUGGCCAGGCCAUCAUCUUCUGCCAGACACGGCGGAGUGCGGACUGGCUGGCGCUGCAGAUGAGCCAGGACGGACACCAGGUUGGCAUCCUGACAGCAGAGCUGACGGUGACCCAGCGCGCCAAUGUCAUCCAGCACUUCCGGCAGGGCCGGGAGAAGGUCCUCAUUGCCACCAACGUCUGCGCCAGAGGGAUUGAUGUGCAGCAGGUGACCAUCGUGGUGAACUUCAGCCUCCCCAUCAACGAGAGGAAGAAGCCGGAUUUCGAGACCUACCUGCACCGCAUCGGGCGCACAGGCCGCUUCGGGAAGGAUGGCAUCGCCUUCAGCAUGGUGGAGAGCCAGGACGUGCGGCUCGUACGCAUGAUUGAGGAGCAUUUCCAAACCAGGAUCAAGCAGCUGGAUCCAGACGACAUGGAUGAGAUUGAGAAGCUUCAAAGCUGA